AUGGCGGUGAAGGACCUUACAGGCAAACCGCCGACUGCAGCACUCACAAACCCGUUUAUGCCGUCUCCAAAGGCCAGAAACACCUCCUACAAUUCUAUCUCGGCAUCUCCGACAGCACAAAGCCCCAAGUAUCCUGCACCCUCCCCUGCCCCGCCGACGAAUCCUUGUACCAAGCGCCGCAAAUCACACUUCAGUGCUCCACAACGCACACCCAAUUUCAAAAUCAAAGAGCCCAUCGCCGAAGCCGCCAGAGCGGCUGAGAAAUCCAACAUGACUGAAAAAACCUUCCACCAAAGACUAUUCGAGAGUCCCCGCAGUACAGACACUGCCGGGAGCGCCCUUCCGACGCUGCUUCGAAUUGUAGAAGAUGAUCCUCGUCGACCUGAGGGGUACCUGCGCGGGGAGGGCGCCGACAACAUGCACAACGACAAGCGGCAGCACGCCGCGGAUGCCGGAGAAGAAGUGUUCAAAGUUGAAGCAGGUUGA